AUGAGUUGCAGCGGUUGUCGUGUUCUGCGAAAACGAUGCAGCGACGAGUGCAUGCUCCGGCAUUGCUUUCAGGGGAUCCAAGGCCCUCAAGCCCAAGCCCACGCCACCGUCUUCCUCGCCAAGUUCUUCGGCCGUGCCCGCCUCAUGUCUUUCGUCUCCGCCGUUUCCUCCUCCCAAGACCCCGUCAAUUUGUUUCAGUCGUUGUUGUUUGAAGCGCUGGGACGUACCCUAAACCCAGUGAAUGGAGCAGUGGGGCUUCUCUGGUCCGGGAAUUGGCAUCUCUGCCAGCUGGCGGUGGAGACGGUGCUCCGUGGCGGCCCGUUGACCCCACUACUCCCUCCGGAUUUCUCCAUUUUUGUGGCUGCAGCGGAGGUUCAGUAG